AUGGAACAAUCGUAUUAUUGGAAUGUUCAACAAGAAAAUCAUCCGAAAAAUCGCCUUUUAAAAUAUGCGAAAGGUUCGAAAAUUUCUCGUCAAACAUUGCAAACACUCUUACGCAUACGAAAAAGAUAUCAUCGAUUACCACCAAUAAUUUAUUCUUUACAAGAUCGAGAAGAAAAUGACGAAGAUAUUGUCCUAGAAUAUGAUAUCUUCGGUCAACAAUGUAAAUUGCCGUUAAAAAAUAACGAUACAAUUUGGCAACCGACGUCAUUCUAUGUUUCUGAUAGCAUCUAUCAACAGAUCAAAAAUGAUCUCUUUACAUCGAAAAUAGAUAACGACUCAACUUUCCUCUGUUUAUUUCCCAUCUAUGCAGAUAUGAAUCGCAAGAAACAGUCAGCUAUGGGUCAACAAGAUGAAGAAAUCUUCCUGCCGUCGACGAUUCCAAGUACACAGUACGAUCUCAUUCAAUUACAAGAACGUUUCGAUGUGAUGUUAUACAAAGAACAAGCGCUAGAAAUCGGUUUAUGUCCUAAGCGUCGACGAAUUUACAACGAUCUAUUCGAUGAAUUGAUACGUACAAUCACACUACAAUGUUCGGAACGUGGCCUUCUACUGUCACGUAUCAAAAACGAAUUCCUGCAAUGGAUGAACACUUACGAAGAGGUCUAUUCCAGCGGUAUGGCGUACGGACUGCGACAAUGUCUAUGCAAAACAGAAGAAAAACAAAAUUAUGGAUAUGCAAUAAAAGAAUUGGAAAGUGAUCUUCGACAGUUACAAGAUGAACUCGAAGUCGAAUCGGUUCGGUUUGAAAAAUUGAGUCAAGCGUUAGUCAAUGAUAAUGAACACGAACGAAGCGAUGAACAACGUUUAUUAAAAAAGAAUGUCAACAUAUUACGAUCAACCAACGAAAUCCUACAACAUGAACUUCAAAACGCUUUAACCAACAUCUUAUCAUCAACAAUAUUCCUAGGUGAACCGAUCAAUUACGAGAAAGAGGAGUGA